AUGAACCCUAUGGCGCUAGGAGGCGCGGCGGCAGCAGCAGCAGCGGCGGCAGCAGCGGCGGCUGGUUUGGAGGGCGGAGGCGGAAGCAUGGGGCCCCGCCGAACGCGGAGCCUUGACGUCGCGCAGCUGCAGCUUUUGGGGCCGGGCGCGGCGGCUGCGCUGGCUGCAGUAGAGGAGGCGGAACGGGCGGAAGGGGAAGCGGAAAUGGGAGGCGGAGGGUCGCUUGCGAGGCUUAUGGCGGGGAGAAUGGGGGCGACUGGUUUGGGUGGAGGAAUGGGCGGAGGGCUGGGCGGGGAUGUGUAUGGGGGAAUGGCCGGGGAUGUGUAUGGGGGAAUGGCUGGGGGAAUGGGAGGCGCGAUGGGUGGUGGAGGGGGAGGAAUGGGGAUGAAUGGGGGCAUGGGCGGGAUGUUGGGGGGAGGGUAUGACGAGAGUGGUAUGAUGGGAGGUGCGGAUUAUUCGGCUAUGAUGGAUAGUGGGCAGAUGGGCAUGAUGGGGAGCAACAACAUGGGGGCGGCGAGAGGGCAUGGCGCCGCAGGACCGACAUUUGCAGACUCUCCUUUCUUUGCGCGCCUCUGUCGCACACGCGCUUCGCCCUCGCCCCUCUCCCCCCUCGCGCGCCGCCGCACCACAUCCCUCAACGCCGCUCUAGGCUCCCAACUGGCUGCUGCUGCAGUCGCUCACACCGCCGCUGCAGGCGCUGGGGGAGGAUUAGGGCAGACCUGGGGAAUGAUUGCGGAAGGGGAAGGGGGGCUCGAUGGGGGAGCGGACGUCCCUAUGAUCUCCGCUGGGGGUGGGAGUAAAUCGGGGUAUAUGGGCGGGGGCGCGCCUCCCCGCCCUCUUCCCCAGCUCUCCCCCACACGCGCUGCUGCUCUUGCCCAUGCCGCCGCCGCUGCUGCGGCAGCUGCUGCUGCAUCAGGUACAGGAGCAGGAGGGGGCAUGGGGAGCAGCAUGGGAGUGGGUGGCAUUCCGGGGUAUAAUUUAAGUGCGCUGGGAAUGAAUGCGCGUGACCUGGCCAACACGCUAGCUCGCACGUCCAGCGCACCCCCCCUGGGCAACCUCACGGAGCUAGAGCAGAUGUGCCUGGCAGUGGAGUCAUCCGCGCAAGGAAACCCUAAUGCGGCCGCAGCAGCCCUUGCUGCGGCCGGCGCUGCCAGCAUGGGCAGCACCUCUGCUGCUGCUGCUGCUGCUGCUGCCGCUGCUGUUGCUGCUGCUGGUGGUGGCGGUGGGGGAGGGGGAGGGGGAGGGGGAGGGUGGCCUCCCCCCACUCCCCCUGGAGGCGGGUCUGGCGGUCUUUCCACGGCUGCCACGUCAGCAGCCAUCGCAGCACUUGCAGGGGGUAAGGGCGCCGCGCAGCACCUGCAGGGCUACCCGCAAUGGGGCGUGGGGGGCGGGUCAGGCGGAAUGGCGGGGCUGGCGGGGGGCGGGGGGGGGCGCAUGGGGCUUGGCGCGCAGGUGUCGUCACUGCAGCGGACGUCCAGUGGAGGGAGAGAGGUGGAGAGGCGAGCUAUGCUGUGGAAGGCCCUGGGGGGGGGUGCAGGUGGGGGAGGGGGAGGCGGGGCUAGUGCCACGAGUGGGGGGCAGUCGAGCAGCGGGGCAAGCUCGUUAGUGAGCGUGGGGGAGGAAAACAGCGCUGGGGCGCAGUUGGAUCCGCACCAGCAGCAGCAGAGGAAGAAGGUCGGGGGGCGAGCGCUGCAGCACAACCAGCUGUCGAGAACCAGUAGCUGCCCGCCCUUGAAGCAAGGUCUUGCUGCUGCCAUGGCUGAGAUGCCUCCCGGGGAGGCGGACAUGCUGCAGGCGCUGCUCAACCGCAAGAGGCGCCGCCUGCCCGCCACUGCGUCUGAUGUCAUGGCGCAUAUGGGGCUCGGGGGAAAGGUGGGACGGCCGGGGCAGGGGGGAAAGGUGGGUCGGCGGGGUCAGGGGGAAAAGGUGGGGCAGGCGGGGCAAAAGGGAAAGGGUUGGGGCGAGGCGGGUGGGCCAAGGGGAAAAGGUGGGGCGGGCGGGGCAUUGGAGAAGGGUGAGGCGUGGCGUGGGGAGCAGAACGCCCUUAUUCCUCCCCCCUUCAUCCUCCCAUUCCCCUGUUCCUGCCAUCCCCUUUCUCGCCCCUUUCUCCCUCCGUUUACCUUCCCUCUGCAGAUUCCUGGAAGCCACACUUCAGGGGAGGGAGACGCAGGGGGGAAGGAGGUAGACAUGGCGGAGGGGGAGCAAGUGGGGUGGGGGGAGGAGAGGGAGGUGGUGCAUGUACGGGCGAGGAGGGGACAAGCAACGGACAGCCACAGUAUUGCAGAAAGGAUGCGGAGGGAGAAGAUCAGCGACCGCAUGAAGGUGCUGCAGGCGCUCGUUCCCAGCUGUGCCAAGGUGACAGGCAAGGCAGUGAUGCUGGACGAGAUCAUAAACUACGUGCGCUCGCUGCAGCUGCAGGUCGAGCUGCUCUCCAGCAAGCUAGCAGCCAUGGACUAUGGCAACCUCGCUUCGCUUGCCGACCCCUCCGCAUUUGAGGACAUGGACGAUGAUGAAGCAGAGGCGGCAGCAGCAGCGGCAGCAGCCACUGCCAUUGCCGCAGCAACGCUCGCCGCAGGAGGAUCUGGCACGGCGGCACGGGGAGCAGGAGGCAUGCGGCUGGAGGGCGGCCGGGGGAGUGGUGAGAUGUCCAGUGCAGGAGGGAACGGUUCAGGGUGGAAGGAUGAAGGGCUGCUGAAAGCAGGCAUGGGGGAAGGAGCAGGAGGGGCAGGAGGAGAUGGGAGUGAUGCAGGAGCGGGGAAGGAUGGUGCUGGUGGUAACCACGACUUGCUGGCGCAGUAUUUCCGGCAGCAGGGGCCCAAGGAGGGGCACACGGGGAGUGGCUUGAGUGGCGGCGGUGCUGCCGAUGGUGCUGCUCGUUCGACCAGCAGCCAGGGGGGAGAGGGCAGGGCGGAAGGAGGGGCAGCGGGAGCAGGAGGCAAUGUAAAGGAGGAGGUGGUACCGGAAGGGGGUUCCGUGCAUGUGGAUGGGGGGAUGAGGGGAGGAGUGGAGGGAGGGGAAGGGCAGGAGGUGAUUGGCCCGCUGGGCGCGUCGCAGUUUGAAGGGCUGGAUGAGGACGGCGAGAUGUUAAUGGAUAUGCUCUUGGCGAGGAUGAGUGGUGGGUUGCAGGACCUGUCUCUGCAGGCCUCGCUCUCCAACUCCCUGGCUGCUGCUGCUGCUGCUGCCGCUGCUGCUGCCACUGCCUCUGGAACAUGGAAGGCACAUCAGCAAUUUGAACAUGAGCGCCAUCACACCCAGAUUUGCUCCACCCACCACUGCAAGAAAGAAACCCCAGAAUUGGCAGCUUCGCGCUUCCCCACCAGUCUGCUCCAUCUCCCGCCCAUCUCCUCCGCCGCCCGCCUACACCGUAUUCUCGCAGCAUUUCCGCCUUCCGCGCGCAUCCGUCCCGCCUCGCCCCCGCCUCCACACAGCAAAGUCGCAAUGGCGCUGCUUCUCCGCGCGGCUCAGCGAACAACCAGCACCGCGCAUCGCGCCGUUCCGCGUCUUCUCCCGCUCCUCGACUCCGCUCUCACCGUCCCUCGCCGACCCGCAUCCUCCGUCGCUCCGUCUCCAUCAGUCGCGCCCGGCUCGUCCACGCCGACCGUGGCGGAUCGCGCGGUGCACUUCACCGCGAUCGACGCGGACGGGCACCGCCACGCGGUGACGGGGCUCGCGGGGCGCACGCUGCUGUCCGCGCUGAUCCGCUCCAAGGUCGAGAGCGCGGAGCGGCACCAGCUGGAGGAGCUGGAUUCGUGCAACGGCAACUGCCAAGUGUCGAUAGCACAGGAGUGGCUGGACAAGCUGCCACCACGGUCGCAGGCAGAGGAGGAUCGGCUGCGGCAGGUGUCAACUGAUGGGCAGGUGACACGCAGCAGCAGGCUCGGGUGCCAGGUGCACCUGAGCAAGGACCUGGAGGGCAUGACUGUGGCUAUGGCAGAGGAGCGCCCCUGUGUCUGGUCUCUUGACAGCCUUGUUCAACAAUCGUACGGAGCCUAUCCCUGGAGAGGUGCAAGAAUGGGGACUACUUUGGACAGCAUAAAGGUGGGCGAUCUGGUCGUCCUUGCGACGCCUGAUGGUCGCCUGUAUCGCAUGCGUCCCUCGGCGAACGGUCGCGAGAUUCUGUUCUCCUCCGAUGAUGCUGCACACGCGGACAGUUCGUACCCUCCUGAAGCCAUGCUGGUGGUUCUUCAGUCCGAUUGCAAGCGCUACUUCGGCUUCCGCUCUGUUUCUGCGGAAGGCAAGAUCAUGCAAGCGGGUAAGGACCUCAAGAUGCGCGCAGGGAAUUACAAUUUCAAGACGUGGGAGCACUGGCAGGUGGAACCGUCGCAGGUGUCUCGCACCGUGCAGGCGUCACCAGCCAAGGCUGCUCCUGGGGCGGCGGCAGCGCCGCCCACUCCGCUCUUCUCGCUCACCAACCGUCAGUUCCCCUUGGUGCGCCUGAAUGUGCGGAUAGAGCGCGCGGUUCCGCUCCCCGAAUCCAGCGCCAAGCGCUUGGCGCUGAUGGAGUUCGCGGGCGCCUCCGCCUUUGACGCGCAACCGGAGUCCCCCGCCACCCCUGGCGGCGGAACCGGCGGGGGGAAGGGCGAGCAGGAGGAGGAGGUGAAGGCGGUGGUGGCUGCGGAAUCGGGAGAUGCAAUUGCGCGCGCGUUGGCGGAAGACGACGCCGUGCGCGCAAAGGAGGAGCUGGCGGCGCUGCGGGAGGAGAACCGCCUGCUCAUGGAACGCGCGGUGGAGGCGGAAAAAGCGGCGGAAACCGCCAAGUUUAGCGCGGAAGUCGCCAUGAAGCUCGCGCAGGAGUGCGCGGAAGGCCGCGCGAGCGGGCUGGUGGGCGGAGAAGCAACCGGCGCCUCCGGCGCGGGCGCAGCCACCGCGGACGCCGCUUCGAGCGAGAUGAAAACCGCUUCCGCGGACCUGGCGGGGCUGGGAGGAAUGGGCGGAAAGGUCUUUGAGCGGAAGCUAGCGAAGAAGUUCCCCGCGUCAUAUGUGCCGGGCGUUGGGGAAAGCGAGGAGCCGAGCGGGCGGAUGGGGUCGGGCACCUGGGCGGAUUUGGUGGAAACAGAAACGCGGCUUUCCGCGGAGGCGGAAGCCGCCGCGCAGAAGAUGGCGGAGGAGCAACUGGCUGCGCUGCGCGCGGAGCUAGAGGGGAAGAUUGAUGCGCUCCAGCGGGAGCUGGAGGAGGAGAGGGCGCGGGCGGACGCGCGCGUGGCGGCGGCGAUGGGGGCCGCAUCGGGGCCCGCGGGGAUGAAGCUUAGAAAGGCGGCUGCCGCCGCUGCCGCGGGUAAUGGGGUGAGCGGUGAGGGCGAGGGGACGUCGGCGCUGGUUUCCGCGAGCUCGUGGGGAGAAGGGGGGGGAGAGUGGGUGGGCGGGGAGGACGAGGGGACUGCGGCGGUGACUGCUGCAGAGUCGCUGCAGGGCGCGCGGGAGAAGCAGGAGGAGGAGAAGAGGCGGGAGGAGGAGAGGAGGAAGGAGGAUGAGGCGAAGAAAUCGAGGAUUGCUGAGUUGGAGGAGGAGGUGGGGCGGCUGUCGGGUGAGGCUGGCGCGCUGAGGGCGGAAGCGGAGAGGUUGAAGGGUGAGGAGAAGAAACUCAUAGAGGAAGGGGAGAGGCUGAGGGUUGAAGAGAAUAAACUGAGGGCUGAAGAGAAGAAACUGAGGGAGGAGGGAGAGAAGCUGAGGGGCGAAUUGGCAGCACUGACGUUGCGUGAGGUGGAGUGGAAGAAAGCUGAGACCAAGUGGAAGCAAGUGGAAGAGGAGGUGAAGAAGGGUAAGCAACAGGCGGCAGCUGUGGCGGAGCAGAUGCAGCGCGUGCAGGCAGAAUUGGACGCUGCCCGGCGAGAGAAGGCCGCAGCAGAGAGCAAAUGGGCGGAGCAGGCGAGCGAGAAGGACAAGGCAGCGAGCAAGGACGCGGAGAGCAGCAGGCGGAGAAUCGCGGGGCUGGAGGAGGAAGUGGCGCAGCUGCAGGCGGAAGCGGAGGCGCUCAAGCGGCGCGCGGAGGAGAUGGAGCAGCGGGAGCUGAGGUGGCGCGAGGAGGAGCAGCAGCGGCUGCACGAGGCGCAGAAGGGAUCCGAAGCUGAGGAGAGGGUUAAGGCGCUGGAGUGUAGGCGUCAGGAGCUUGAGAGCCAGUGCGUGCGGCAAGGGCAUGAGCUGGCGGAGGCGCAGGCCAGGGCGGCGCAGCUGGCGGAGGCGCUGGAGCAGCAGCGGGUGCACGCGCUGGAGAGCGAGAGCAGGGCGGAAGCCGCCGCGCGGAGCCUGGAGGAGGCGGAAGGGAAGGCGGCGGUGGCGCAGCAGCAGGUUGAGGGGCUGAGCGCGCAGGUGGCGGGGCGGGAGGAAGAGGUGGGGCGGCUGGAGGCGUGGCUGGGGGAGCUGAAGGGGCUUCUGGAGCAGCGGGAGAGGGAGAACGCGGUGCUGGUGGCGCAGGUGGAGGCGGGGGACGCGGAGAAGGGGCAGCUGCGCGCGCAGGUGCAGGAGGAGCAGAUGGCGCGGCAGAUGCAGGCGCAGAUGCAGGCGCAGGUGGAGGGGCAGGUGCAGGAGAUGCAGACGCAGCACAUGGGGGAGGUGCAGCAGCUUCAGGCCCAGCUUGCGGCGCUGAGGGCACGCGCGGAUGAGAGCAGGCGACUGCGUGUGAAGCUCAAUGAGGCUGAGGCGCGGCUGCAGGACGCCCAGAGCAAGCACAAGCAGCAGGUGGCAGCCAAGGAGCAGCUGCUGGCGUCAGUGCAGAAGGAGCUCGGUGGAGCAAAGGCGCAGCUCGCCUCUGCUGAGCAGGAGGCAGCUAAGCUCAAGAAUCUAGAGGCGGAGCUUGCUCGCCUUCGCUCCCUCAACGCGUCCCUCCAGAAGGACCUGAAGCAGCUGCGUGCAUCUGCUGCGGCCAAGCAGUCUCAGCCUGCACCAGGCGCAGCAGAGGCAGCACCUGCCAAGGCAGACGCGGAGGAGGGCAAGGGGGGAGUUGCGUCAGAGGGAUCUGGAGAUAAGGGUUCAGCAGGAGAGCCUGCUGGUGUGGAAGCAGCCGGAGAUGCAGGGGAGGAGCAGAAGCGGGGCAAGAAGCUAGGGACUGAAAAUGGCGUGUUGCCUUCUCCUUCUCCUGCUGGUGCUGCAUCAGUCACCACCCCGACUGCUUCGUCUGCUGCUGGUCGAAACGGUCGGUUGACAAAGCGAGGGGGGGCGUUGCGUCGCAGCUCCAGCGUGGAUGCAGGCAAGCAAGGCAAGAAGGGCCAGGGUGCAGGUUCAUUAGCGCGCAAGGGCCGUUCGGGAGUGGAUGCGGAUGCCAUUGCUCAGAUUGAAGCGAUGAUUAUGGAUGACUCGGUCACUGCCAAGGAAAUGGCCGGGCAGCUCAACUCGCAGCGGCUGACGGGUCUGUCCUCGGCGUUCCUCAAGGCGCUGCCGUUGCCAGCGAGCCUGAAGCGUGAGGAGAGGACGGCACAGGUCGUGAAGUUGAUAGCUGCUUUUCUGAUGCUGGUUGUCAUGGUGCUGCUGGCGCUGUGGGCUGUUGGAGUUUUGAUCGCCCCUCUUCUUCACAAAUCUUUGGAAAAUGCGGUUGCUGAACCCGCGGGCGACCGAGUAGCCACCGCGAAUGACGCCGUCAUGAACGGCGCGAGCGACGGCGAGGAUAUCUUGGAUGACGUGGUGGUUCUGCGCCGAUCCACGGGGAACCUCGCGGGACUCGGCGCUGCAACAGGAGGGAAAGGGGGGAAGGGCGGAAGCGGCGGAGGCAGGGCGGAAGAGGUCGCGAUGCUGAGCGGAGGGCACGGCGGUGGGGGCGGAAGUAUGUGGAGCGCGGUGUUCAAUCUGGCGACGACGAGCGUGGGCGCGGGCAUCAUGGCGCUACCCGCUACUGUCAAGGUGUUGGGUCUUCCCCUAGGCCUGCUCCUGAUCGCGUUCAUGGGCGCUCUCACGCACAGCGCGUUGCUCAUCAUAGUGCGCCUCGCGGCCGCCACCAACUCGCCGUCGUACGGCCACCUCAUGGGCACGCGCUUUGGCGAGCGCGGGCGCGUGCUGUGCGAGGUGUUUGUCAUGCUGCAGGCGCUCGGCUCGCUCAUCGUCUACCUCAUCAUCUCCGCGGACGUGCUAUCAGGCACGUCAGAAGCAGGCGGCAUGGCGCACCACGUGGGGUUGCUGGAGGAGCUGGCGGGGGGGCCCACGUGGUGGAAUGGCAGGGCCGUGGUGCUGCUCGCUGUCACCACCCUCGUGCUGCUGCCCCUCGUGCUGCUCCGCCGCAUAGACUCCCUCAUGGCCACGUCAGCACUGUCAGUGGGCCUCGCUGUCCUCUUUGUGCUCUUCACAGCAGCAGCAGCGGUGGUGCGAGUGGUGCAGGGGCGCGUGCCGCCGCUGCGCAUGGUACCGGACGUGUCGUCAUGGCAGGCCGUGCUACUCAUCUUCACCGUCGUGCCUGUCAUGACCAACGCCUUCAUCUGCCACUACAAUGUCCAGCCCAUCUACCGUGAGCUCAAGGACUCGCCUUCCUGUGUGGCGCCCGGGCCCACCAUGGAGCGCGCAGCAGGGCUGGCGCAGAUGAUCUGCACGGCGCUGUAUGGCGCCACGGCGCUCUUUGCCUACCUGCUGUUCGGGGACAACACCGCUGCUGAUGUUCUUGCUAACUAUGACCAGGACCUGGGGCUCAGCCAGGCCAUGGACGACAUAGUGCGAGUGGGCUACGUCAUCCAUCUCCUCCUCGUCUUCCCCAUCGUGCACUUCCCCCUGCGUCUCACCGCCGACAUCCUGCUCUUCCCCAGAGCGCGCCUGCCGCUGUGGCGCUCGCAGCGCCGCUUCUUCUGGCUCACGGCCGCCACCAUGGGCUUCAUCCUCGCGUGCGGCGUGCUCGUGCCGGACAUCUACGCUCUCUUCUCUCUUCUCGGGGCUAUUGUCGCUGUCUCCAUCGGCUUCACCUUCCCCGCGCUCCUCGCUUUGCUAACGCCAGGGCUAACCUUGUCGUGUGCGGAGAGAGUGGCAGUGUGGAGCAUGCUGGUGGUGGGCGUGACAGUGAGCAUCACAGGCGUGGCAUCAGACGUCAUAAACCUGGGGCACCCAACUGCCCAUCCCCCCCAUCCCCGCAUUCACGACUACCUUCCAAUUUUCUCUCACCCGAAUUCCCUUCCUGCUAGAUUCCCCUUCACAUUUCUCCCACCUGCUUUCCUUUCCAGUAGCCCCAUCCACCUGAAUCCGCUCCUCCUACUGCUGCUGCUGGUCGCCGUGAUGGAUGCGACUCCCAGUCGCACAUUCCCGGCGCAUCCGACGACGCAGCGCGGGCGAGGGCUGCUGAUCGGGUCGCACGACGCGACCCAGGUGAUCACCUACUGCUCCGGCAAGUCCGUCGUCAUUCGAUCGCUUAAGGACCCGAACGACUGCUCGAUCUACUCCGAGCACUCCUAUCCGACGACCGUCGCGCGCAUUUCGCCCAACGGGGAGUGGGUGGCAUCCGCCGAUGUGAGCGGAACGGUGCGCGUGUGGGGACGGAACGGCGAGCGGCGGCUCAAGUACGAAAUCAAGGCUCUCAACGGGCCGAUCGACGAUCUGCAGUGGUCGCCGGACGGCCAGAGGAUUCUGGUGUGCGGCGACGGCAAGCCCACCUACGUGCGCGCGUUCACCUGGGAUUCUGGCGGAAAUCUGGGAGAUUUCGAGGGCCACUCCAAGCGCGUGCUGAGCUGCGCGUUCCGCCCCGCCCGCCCGUUCCGCGCGUUCACGUGCGGAGAGGACUUCGCGGUCAACUACUAUGAGGGCCCGCCCUUCCGCUACAAGUCCUCCAAUAAGGAGCACGGCAACUAUGUGAACUGCGUGCGCUUCUCCCCGGACGGCGCGCUGCUGGUGUCCGUGUCAUCGGACCGCCAGGGGCAGCUGUAUGACGGCAAGACAGGCGAGAAGCGCGGCACCUUUAGCACGGACGACGCGCACACGGGGAGCGUGUACGCCGCUGCUUGGAGCCCUGACGGCAAGCAGCUGCUGACAGUGUCAGCGGACAAGACAGCCAAGGUGUGGGACGUGGCAGCAGAUGGCAGCACUGCUACCGUCGCCACCACCUUCCCCCUGGGCUCCUCGCUAGACAACAUGCAGGUGGGGUGUGCGUGGGUGGGAGAGCACCUCAUAACCGUCGCCCUCAACGGGGACAUCCACUUCCUCUCACCCUCAUCCCCCUCCGCGCCGCUGCGCACGCUCGUGGGCCACUGCAAGCCCAUCACCGCACUCGCGCUCUUCUCCCCGGGAGGAGGGUCAGAUGCGGGCGCACUCACAGAGAUCGUCACAGGCAGCUACGAUGGCACUGUGGUGCGCUGGAACAUCGAGACCGGCUCGCUUGGUCGCAUGGAGGCACCUGCUGCUGCUGGUGGUGCUGCUCCGGCUGCUGCUGGGGGUGUUGUUGCGGGAGGUGUGGCGGCCAUGGCGGCAGCAGGCAGCACGCUCUUCCUUGCAUGCAAUGAUGAUACUGUGCGGCUGCUGAGCCUCCCAGACCUCACACCGCUCCCCGAGACCCCAUCAGUGGCAUUGGGAGCGCACCCCAAGGACAUCAGCAUCGCAGCUCACGACCCAGACCUCGCCCUCCUCACCACCGCCUCGGGACUCACCCUCCUCCGCUCCUCCAAGCUCCUCUCCUCCAUCACUCCCACCUUCACAGCCACCGCUGCUGCUCUCUCCCCCGACGGCAAGGAGGCGGCGGUGGGAGGGGAGGAUGGGGUGGUGAGAGUGUUCAGUGUGAAUGGGGAUACGCUGGAGGAGCUGGCGAAGCUGGAGAGGCACCGGGGGCCAAUCACGGCUGUGCGCUACUCGCCUGAUGGGUCCAUGCUGGCCACUGGGGAUCAGAACAGGGAGGCUGUCGUGUGGGAUGCUGCCACGCGAGAGGUGAAGAUGCGCAACAUGGUGUACCACACGGCGCGCAUCAGCGCGAUCGCAUGGUCCCCGGACUCCACCCACGUGGCCACAGCCUCCCUCGACAUGUCCAUCCUAGUCUACGACGUCAGCAAGCCGCCCUCGGACCGCGUCACGCUCAAGAAUGCGCACGUGGGCGGCGUCUCCGCGCUCGCCUUUGUGGAUGCCGCCACCAUUGUCUCUGCUGGCGGCGACGCCUGUGUCCGCCUCUGGUCCCUUGCAUAG